UCGAGGGUGACCUAUGACACUGAUGGUUACGGGUCGAGUCUUGUGUAACUCCACCACCCCAGCCUGAUUACAAUGGCCCUCCUGGUUGAGAUCUUAUGCAGUUGGACGAGGUAGAAGAAGUUAAAAGGUUUGUGUAAUGUUACGAGAUAGGAGAGUACGUCGCUACCAGAAGUUCUUAAAGACCCUCAGACAGCCAGAAUCAUCGCGCUGCUCCUGCCCGUCACACCUCCAUCCUCGACCUUGGGUUCCUCCUCCGUGUCGCACAACGCGGCCUCAUGGGGAAGAAAUUUCACUACACAGAAGGUCUCAUUCCAAUCCAGAUUUGUUAACGUACUCUAGACAAUCAUCUAGAAUGGACAGAAGUCACCAAGGCUGGGUGACAGAUGAUGAUGAGGGCCAGUACUCAUUACGACAUCUGUACAAUGAUGCCAGAGUUCUCAAGGAAGCUUUCUCAAAAGUACGUCAGGGUGACCACCUGUCAAAAGAUAUGCGUAACACCGUAAAGAAAUGGAGUAAGAAGAAUUUACCAGAACAAGAUGAUAGGUCAAAGCGAAGCAGAAGAAGGGAGGAGAAACAACCUCACACAGAUCACAGUCAACAAGCAGAGGGCGAUGAUACCAGGAGUCCACGAGAACUUGCCAGGGAGGAAGAAGCCCUCAGACACAAACUCAGGAAUUUACGUGAACUGACGCAGAAUAAUGCAGCGUUGAUAGAGGAAAAUAAAAAACUCAUGAGAAAGAUUCAUCAAUUACGACAGCGUUCCAAAAGGCAACAAGAAGCACAAAGAGGAAGUAGAGAGAGCAUGGGAGGUGAACAGGGAACUGGAAGUAGGGAAGAAUUCGUUAUUUUAUCUCUUAAGAAGAAAUAUGAAGAUCUGCUUCAUUACGUCUUGAAGGUCGAGUCGGAAAACCAAAAGCUGAAGAGUCUCACGGGAAUGUCCGGCGAUCAUGAAGAUUAUUUCAACGGCUCGGAUCGUGAGGAUAUAACGUGUGGUCCGAGAGUUGUAGCAAGACUCGAGGGUGAACUAGAAGCACUGAGAAGAGAGAUCAUGAAAAAGGAUGAUUACAUUGUGGACUGUGAGAGGCACAUGCAGACUCUGAAGGAAAACAUCUCGCUCCAAGAAUCCCGGAGAAACCAGAAUGCUAGUGCCGGAAACAUCGACACUGCCAUGUUGGAGGAGGAGUGGAUGAGACGCUUGAAUGAGACCCGUGAAAUGUACGAUCGAGCUAUUCAGGGUUAUAAGGACCAGCUCGAAGAACUACAGGCGAAGCUACUGAGCUCUGAGCAGCGUCAUGCCGAGCAAGUUCAAGAACUAGUGGCAAGGUUAACUAAAGCCCAGAGUGAAGUCACAUCAGCAAGAACCAGUAAUGAAACACACGAUGAGGCAGUAAGUCAUCAGAAUGGGGAACCUUAUGGACGGCAGAGGUCAAACAAAGGUAAAAAUGGUGAACGGUCUAGAUCUAUUGGAACCGAGAGCCCAGAACAAGACGAAGACUCCGAUAGUGUCAGUAGCAAAAGUGAGGAAACAGAACGAGAAAAAGGAAGGACUGGGGCUGCAAGAGCUGGUGAUGAGGUACCUGGUAGGAGUAAUGAUAAAACAAAAGAAACCGACAAUUUAAAAGAUGAUGAAAAUGGUAACAAAAGCGAAAAAGCAAACCAUGCCAAUAGUAGAGGAAAAAAUCAUGAUAAAGGUGAUCAGGCUAUUUCUGGAACACCUUUUAUAAUAGCAGGAUUUGAGAAGUACAGUGAAACAUUAGAAAACUUGGUGAAAAGAGUUGAAAGUUUGAGUGUUGGGGGAGAGGACUCAGUUAAUACAGUUUCUGUUAUAAAAGACACAAUAAGUCAAUGUUUACAGGAGUGGAGGGAGAGUUUCCAGCAGGUGUGGAGACAACAAGAAGAUGAUGCUGACAGACUGAAGAAGGAUUAUGACGACCUGAAGAAGAAUUACGAUGACCUGAAGAAGGAUUACAUUGACCUAGAGAAAGGUAACGAUGAUCUGAAGAAGGAUAAUGAUGACCUACAAAGGAAAAUCAGAUCGAAGAACAAAAAAGCUGAAUCACUGCAGUAUCAGUACAAAGAUCUCGAACAAAAAAAUAUAAAGCUCAUUCAUCAGUGUUCACAACUUGAGUCACGUAUGGGUGCAUCGCAGAUAACGGGUCACCUGGAUGUCCUGCAAAGCCUUCCGAAGACAUUGCAGGAGACGGAACAACGAUUGCUGGACACGAGGGAGUUACUCCAGCAAGCACUAGGAGAAAAGCAAACAUUGCAAGAUCAAGUUAAGAUAAUGGGAGAGAAACUGAGCAAGAAAGAAAGUAAGCUCAAAGCAGAACGUGAACAGAGCACCACUAGAGAGAAGGAAAUUGCAAACCACAAGGAAAAUAUUUUAUCCAUACACCACCAGCUGGAGGAGGUGACGAGGGAAGUGAGUCACCUUCGAGAACAGUUGUCCACCAAGGAUACCAUAUUAGAACAUACGUCGGCUCAGCUGGAGGAAAGAAUCCGCGAAUGUGCUAGUUUAUCCUCCCAAGUAGAGCGUUACAGAUUACAACAAAACCAAGAAUCAGAUCGAAUUCAGACCCAGUUAACCGAGAGAGACAGUGCCUCUCACAAGCAGUAUGUGGAGGCACAGACUCUAGCCACACGCUACCAGGCUCAGCUCUCUGCAUUACGUUCUGAAAAGGAUCACAAUGAGAAAUCUCUUCGAAAUCAUGUACGCAAGCUGGAGGAGCAAAUUGAUCAGCUUCAGUUAAGAAACUCGACUCUUCAGAGGCAGCUUACCACCAUCACUUCCACUUAUCAUAACAUGUUUUCAACUGUUGACCUCGACCCACUCUGUCCUGUCCCAGGAGGCUCUAAUGUGAAGGGUCCAUGAGGAGUGAUAACAUUUUACAGGAAGGACUUUAUUACCUGGCAAGUAAGUAACUAGAAACCUCAUGUGUUCAGAAUAUCAAAUAUCUUCCUAUCAAUGUGAAGGCAAGCAAACCCUGAACAUGAAACUUCCAUGGUUUGGUGAGUAUAUUUGUCUAAAAUAUUUUGUAAGUAGCUACAGUACAGUAGUUUCAUAGUAUAUAUAUUUAUUUAUUUUUUGUACAACAUUUGCUAUUGUUUAAAAGUUAUUAUGAGUAGUUACUGAAGUACUGUACACUAUUUUAGAACAUUAUUCUGGGAUCAAAAUGGAAAGGCCCUUUUAAGCAACAUUACUGUAUCCUAAUGAUAAAAGUUGAGGCCAGUAAUUUAUUGGAUUUAUAAGUAAAGUAAGAAGGCUGCUACCAAGCCCCUGAACCCCCUACAGGAAGGAGGGGCGAAUUAUAUUUAAAAAUGAAAUAAAUAUACUCUGAUAUUUUCGGAAACAUUUACUAGGGCUGAUCUUAUACAAUCAGUUCUGCUAUAACGUGAUAGUUGUGUUCUUGUAAAAUAUCGUGUUAUAGAAAAUUGCGUAAUAGAAAUAACAGGGCUUAUGGAGAAAAUAGGGUUAGGUG